UGUCCCCAAGCAAUUAUGGUAUAGUCCGAUCCAAAAUUGAUGCUAGCAGCGGAAGAAAACAGAAGAUAGAAGACCAAGUAGAAGACUAUAAAAUUCCUCUUUUUGAGUGAAAAAACGUUUCAUUUUUCCGAUGGGGAAACGAAAAGACGUUGCUAUAGAAGAUGAAGUCAAAAGAGCAGAGUCUCCGGUUGAUGACGGUGGCCACAGGAAGAAGCAUAAGAAGAAACAUAAGAAGCACAAGAAGAAGGAAUACACAGCCGAGCUGUCGUCUGAGACCUGUACUAGUGACUCCACAGGACAACCUCAGCUCAAGUUAAAAAUCAAGAUAGGUGGAAUGACACUUGGCACCAAGAACAUCCCCAAGAUUGCUACACCUGAGGACAGCAGCAAGGGAGAGGCAUCUAAGCAGUGGGAAGAUGAAGACAGUAACCAGCCUCCUGAGGAGGUCCAGCCCAGCAUCACCCAGAAGGAGGCAGAUGAGAAGGAGGAGGAGGAGUGGCUGGAAGCUCUGGAGAAAGGAGAGCUGGACGACAAUGGAGAACUCAAGAAGAUGAGGGACCCCGCCCUGCUUACAGCCAGACAAAGAGCCUUGAGGUACGGGACUCCUGAAGCCACUCAGCAUCUCCUGGAGCUCCCGUCUGGAUACAAACCUAAGGAAGAAACAGAAGAGAUGAUUCAGAAAAGGAGACAGCGAGCCCAGAAGCGAAGAAUGCAGGCAGCCAAGAAGAAUGAAGAAAGCAAGAAAAAGACAGUAGAGAGACUACUGAAGAGAGAGGCAACAAAACAGAAGCAACAGAAGGCUAAGACUGUUCGCAGUAAAGGUCAUAUUCCCAUUGUGACUUAUAUCAACAGCCAUGAUAGAGUGACACUAUCUUUUCCACCGGGUGUGACCUACCCUUUGACCCAACAGGUCGUGCCCCCACCUCCCAAACCUCAGCAGAAGUGCGGAGUGCCUGGUUGUACCAAGCAGAAGAGAUAUUCCUGUUCUAAGACUGGUGUUCCUCUCUGUAGCCUAGAGUGUUAUAGGAAGAACAAAAAGAGCCAUGGUUUGGCGUAAGGACAACUUAUUAUAGUAUUUGUAAUGUUACUCCUAUCAACAUAAAUCUGAUCAUUAAUGGUUAUUUUGUAUAUAGUAACUCAUAGCGAUAUUGUACUGCAACACAACAGUAAACACACAUUUGGUGUUAAACUU